CUCCAGACUCUCUGGGUGAAAGGCAACACGCCUUUUUGUUUUGUUGCGUAACAGAGUCACACUUCCCCUAGUCCCGGAGAGCCAGCGAAGAACUCUUAACAAGCAGCAUGGCAGACCUAAUGGAAAAUGAGGUACUCCGGGCAUUCGCCACCUAUGCUGCUAUUGUCAUUGUGAAGAUGAUGCUGAUGGGGCCCAUCACUGCAUACUUCCGCGUUACCAGAGGGGCUUUUGCUCAUGAGGAGGAUGUGGCCAGAAAGUCUCCAGAGGAGAAGAAAAAGCUGCUGAGGACCGAUCCAGAGGUAGAGCGUGUUCGGAGGUGUCACCUGAACGACCUGGAGAACAUUGUCCCCUUCGUGGUGGUGGGACUUCUCUACGCCCUGACUCGACCCGAGCUUUCGACCGCUCUGCUUCACUUCCGCAUCUUCGCCGGGACGAGGAUCGUCCACACCAUUGCCUAUAUCUUGGUUCUGCCGCACUUCUGCAGGGGCCUGCCCUAUAUACUGGGCAUGCUGGUCACCUUUUCCAUGGUGUACAGGGUGCUCAGCACUGCCCUCAUCCUGUAGGACUGACGCCGAAACGGUCGACCGUUGUGAAUCUUGUUCAGUUCAGCUAUACAACUCAUAUUUUACAUUUUUAUACUUGGGCUGGUGGUGGGGCUCCAUCAACAGCACAGCAACUUUAAUAUUGUGACACCAUUUAAUUAGUGCAUGGUAGACGAUUGUGGAGUGUAAGGUGGGUCACAUGAGUAAACCGUUGCAGCUCAAGUUGACUGCCUGUGCUACUUCCUUUUUUCUUUUUUUUUUUUACAUGUAACCUCUUUGACGUUUUUGAAACUGUGAAUGUGAAAUGUCUUCUCAAUAAAGCUCCUCGAUCAACGUAAA